UUAAUUUUUCAUGCUAUAGUCUAAACUGUCUUAACUAAAUACAAGAUGCCGUUCCCAUGUUUUCUAAGAAAAUAAUACACUAUUAAGGUGUAGAAAAACUGCUAAGUGCACUCGCGUUCGUCCCGUGCGUACACAAGCGUGCAUUAUUACAAUUUUCUUAGAAAAAAAAUUGAACGCCAUCUUCUAUUUGGUAAAAUUCGGUUCCACUCUUCUGUGAUUUAGCGUGCGAAGACUCGCGUCAUCACGCACGCCUGUCAUCCGGCAUCGUGCCAAUCACGAUUAUCGCGCCACGCGCCCACGAAACCGAAACAUUACCAGACGAAUUAGGAAAUUUGAAACCGAUUACCUGAGGUGUCGGAAUAAGGCCAGUCACGGUGUCAUGUGUCGUCACAAAGACAGCUCUUCUGCUCUCACGGUCUCAAUCUGUGGUUCCAGUUUGAGUUCAGCCGUGAAUGAGGAAUGCUUUGUGAAAUACCCUGAUCAUAUCGCUUGGCCUUCCCCAAGCAUCCUAGCAACAUGACGCUCUGGAAGGCUUUGACCUCGGUAUUUAUCUUUGGUCUGAUUAUGGAAGGAUUACACACCCAGAACACUGUGUGUCCUAAAGUGAACAAAUACGGUGCGGAGUGUCCAAUGGAUGUAGACAAUGAGUGCCUGUCAGACCAGGAAUGUUCCGCUGGCCGCAAGUGUUGCCCCUCACCUUUCGACGACGAGGCUUGUCAACUGUUGUGCAUAGAACCUGAACCACAAACCUCCUGUCCUGUUUCCGUGGAUUUUGCCUUCAUUUUGGAUGGCUCAGGAAGCAUCUCCAGAACAAACUGGGGCCGGAUCAAAGAAUUUGUCAAGAGAACCAUCAGCGCCUUUGAUGUUUCCCCUAGUGGAAGCCACUUCGCCCUGCUUGAGUACAGUAGCGAACCCAAAGUGUAUCUCAGAUUUAACGACUUUACUGAUGCACAACUCAAUGCUGUGAAUGUCAAGCGAAAAGUGGAGGAAAUAAUUCAGUCUGGAGGGCAAACAUUCAUUGACAAAGCAUUAAUCUUGGCGUUUCAGGAAAUUUUCACCCCGGAAGCUGGUAUGAGGCCAGGCGUCAAACAGAUGGCCCUGGUGUUAACAGACGGUACUCAAACUCCAGAGCCCAGUCCAAAUGAAGCAGAGGAAAAUCUAAUUCGUGCAGCAGGACUGUUACACGACAAAGGCAUUGAGGUCCUGGCGUUUGGAAUCGGAAAUAACGUUAACCCAUUUCAGCUGUUGAACAUAGCUUCCGACGAAAGUAAUCUGUACGUCGCCGAAGUAUUCGAUCAGAUACUGGAUGUGGUGGGAGACCUUACUACGCGCGAGUGCCUAGCUUGCUCUGAACCUGUUGAUGUCGUAUUUGGAAUUCCAACUUCGCAGACCAUUCGACCCAAUCAGUUUGAGAGCAUCAAAAGUUUUGUGAGCCAGGUUAUCGAAUCAUUCGAUGUGAGUCCCAUGAAGGUACACGUGGGUUUCGUCACUUAUAGUGGAUCUGCAUCGACAACUCUGAAGAUUGAUCGGCUGAGUUCAAAAGAUGUUCUGGAAGACUUCACAAAUAAGUUGACACAGCAAGGCAGGGAAGUUAAUGUGGUUUCUGCAUUGGAUGAAGCUUUUCGCUUCACCUUCAGCAUCUAUGGCGGUGUACGGCAGUCCAAACCCAAAGCAUUUAUACUUAUCGUCCCAGAAGGCUCUGUAAGCAGUCAACAGAAGGUGCUAUCUGCCGCAGCCAGACUGAAGAGCCUGGGAGUGAGGCUGCUUACUGUUGGAGUUGGUGGAAGUAUUAAUCAGAACCUUUACGAGCUCGCCUCAACACAACCGCCGUCAAAGUUCUUUUACAACGUUCCAAAUCCCAAUGAUCUUAGUACAAAGAGUAGAGACGUUGCAGAGGUGAUUUGUAAAGGUAAAGUUGGCAAGUGCCCGCUUCUUCCUCCUCCUCCGCUGAGCUGUCCAGAACGUUCUGAGAACGAAUGUGACGUGGAUGCCGAUUGUAUGCUUGAUGGUGGACAAACGCCAUUGUGUUGUGUAGACAACUGUGGCGGGCGAACGUGUUUCGGUCGAAUCAGUAACUGCUUUGUUCCAGUGGAUAUUGCCAUUGCUGUUGACAACUCAGACUCCCUAACAACCAGCGACUUCGACAACACCAAACGUUUCCUUAAGCAACUUGUCCGACGGUUUCCCAGCCCGGAAAUUCGCUUUUCUUUACUAGAAUACGGUGCUAGUGCCAACGUGCUUACAGACUUUCGCAAGUACCGCGACCAAAUCCAGCUGGAAAUCCUCAUAGAUAACAUGGGGAAACGCGUCGACUCUGAGCGUAGGGUCGACAUUGCACUAGAAACGAUCAAAGAUGAGAUAUUUAGUUUACAAGGUGGAAUGCGACAUGGACACCCUCGAUACCUUUUAUUUGUUAGCUCAGAUGAGUCGACGGCCAAUUUCAGUGUUCUCGAGGGCGCUGGUAAACAGCUACGGGACUUAGGCGUCACCAUUGUUGCCAUAGGAACCAAUCGUGAUGUCCCUGAGGAGUUUAUGCAAAAACUAGCUGGCGAUAGACGUUUUGUCUACAAAGCAGAAGAACCAGGUAAACUAGGCGACUUGGUGUUAAAAGAUCUGUCCCGAAAGAUGUGUUCAGAGAAGCCUGGGAAAUGUCCGCCUGUUGAUGCGCCACCGGACCCACUGUUAUGCCGGGCCGCAGAGCCCGACCCUGAGGAGACGACUCUGUGUGGUCUGUCUGCAAACGGAGGUGGCGCCGCUGAGACUUAUGACUGGGACUGUCCCGGGGAGUCCAAGUGCUGUUUGGAUCCGCUGUCAGGCUGUUUUCAAGUCUGCACCGACCCACAGAAUGUUUGUAACAAAGAGUUUGACUUGACAAUAGUAAUGGAGAAUUCAGCGCAGAUCGGUGAAGAACAGUUUAAUGAGGCGAAAGAUUUCGCGAAGCAAUUCGUCGCCGCAUUCGAUAUCCGUGAAGGAGGUACUCACGUGGCUGUUGUGAGCUAUGGAAGUGGUCCUGUGGUCCAUGUGCGUUUUAAUUCCUACAGUGGUCCUGUGCUGAACACAAGAACAAUCACUGACGAUAUCGAUGAAAUCGCUUUUCGGAGUGAAAGUCCUGUGUCAACGAGCAGUGCGCUUACGGAGGUGUUAAAUACGGUUUACGCGGAUGGCAAUGGAGCUAGGAAUGGUACAAAUAAGACAGUUGUUCUAAUAACAUCCGGGAAGUUCUCGGCAUCAGACGCUGUUGGAGACGCGGCCGUCAAUUUAAAAGCCCAGUCAACCGAUCUGUUUGCCGUUACUACCGGUGAAAACCCGGAUGUGGAUACCCUUGUUAAGAUUGUCUCACCACCUGCUGAGAAUAAUGUGUUCAUGGCAACCUCUUCCGGGGAGUUACAACCACUCCUACGAGCGCUCACGGAUACAGUGUGUAAAGGAGCUGAAAAAAUGACAACGAUUGUAGGCCCUCCUGGUGAUCCGGGUGAACCCGGCCCCCCGGGUUCUGAAGGUCCCCCCGGACCGAGAGGGAAUCCAGGAGAAAAAGGAGAACCGGGAGAAUCCGGCGAUCCAGGACCUCCCGGGACCCCGGGACCACCAGGACCUCCGGGUGGAGGGGGAUUUGGAGGCCCACCCGGGCCCCCAGGGGAGAAGGGACCUUCUAAUAUUAUGUCUAGUGAAAAGGGUCCUGUUGUUGCCCCGAUGAUUACCACUGGAGUGGCGCAAGCCAGACAGGGUGACCCAGGACCUCCUGGGAGGCGCGGACCGCCAGGACCACGGGGUUUUCCUGGAAUCCCUGGCAAUAGAGGCGCAGUUGGGAAAAGAGGACCUCGUGGAAACGCUGGUUUCCUAGGCCUUCCCGGUCACCCUGGCAGGCGCGGUUUGGUUGGGGAACCAGGAAAACGAGGAAAUCCCGGCACUCACGGAAAGCAGGGACAAAAGGGCCCGUCUGGUGACUCUGGAGCAGAUGGCCGCCCAGGCCUAAAAGGACCUCGUGGCUAUCGAGGUUCAAUUGGUUCGAUGGGAGACCGGGGCGAGGAAGGAGAAACGGGCGUGCAAGGAUUAGAUGGAUCACCAGGAAUUGAUGGCAAACCGGGAAAACGUGGUCCUCGUGGAUUCCUUGGGAAACCGGGAAACACUGGUACUCCGGGUUCUCCAGGGUCUAAAGGUGUCGAGGGAACGGAAGGUAAUCAGGGCCCAGCCGGUCCGCCCGGAUCACCAGGAGCUCCCGGAUUACCAGGACAGAAAGGACUAAACGGGAGGUCUGGUAACGUUGGAUACAUCGGUUACCAAGGCGAUAGCGGCGACAUGGGGUCCAUGGGUCCUAAAGGAUCGGCGGGAAUGGAUGGAGAGACUGGGGAGACUGGGCCGACUGGAGGAAAGGGUUCCAUCGGUGAUACUGGUCCUGCAGGAGAAAUUGGCGGACAAGGGUCAGGCGGUAAAGCGGUAAGUCUAGACACUUUACUAAUAGAGCUGUGUAACAACGAAAAUUGAUUAAUUUUUCUCCAGAUGUGAUUUCCGUGACGUGUAGCUCCUAUGUAUAAUCGGAACAAUCACGUGACAGUUUAGGACGAGCUUAGUAGAGGAGCGGUAGCCUCAUGGUUAGUGCCCUCGACUCCGGAAUCGAACGGUCCGGGUUC